GAAAGAUAUGGUCUCACCAAGUUCCAAUCCAAAUUACUUAAUAGCUUAGGGUCAUACAGGUAUUCUCCUGUAGAAGACAUCUAAAACGCUGAAAUGGUGUGGUUUCAUUGGCUUCAUAGAUUUAUUCGGAAACAUACCACACCUAUAGCUGAACCAAGAGCGGAAUUUUUCAGAAGAAGAUUAUCUUUCGUUUACAUGAUAAUUGCUUGGAAUGCCUUUGGAAUAGUUUGUUACAACAUUUAUCAAGGAAAAAGGAGUGCGGCAGAAGUACUAGGUUAUAAUAUAAAUGAAAAUAAUGAAACGCCAGCCCAACAAUGGUCAAAAACUUUAGGAAUAAAAAAGGCCACGGUGUACAGAGUGGAAGGGUUCAAUGUAAAACGAUACGAAAUCAAUAAUAACGACUCUGAUAGUCAAAUAAAAACAAACGGCGAAACGAUCAGUGAUUCUAACGGGGCGGUAAAUUAGGGUCCUAAAAACUAAAGCAAUACUUAAAAUCACAAA